AUGGUUGAUAUUAAGGCUUGGGCUGAAUACAUUGUGGAGUGGGCUGCGAAGGACCCAUACGGCUUCCUUACUACGGUGAUCUUGGCCCUAACACCACUGUUUGUCGUUAGCGCAGCACUUUCAUGGAAGCUUGCAAAAAUGAUUGAGGCCAGAGAGCGAGAGCAAAAGAAGAAACAUAAACGCCAGGAGAAUAUUGCAAAAGCCAAACGAACAAAGAAGGAUUAA